AUGACGUUGACCCGCAUCGAAGGAGACACAAGUUUGGGCAACGGGCAGACAAUGGCCAAGAAGAUGCUGAUGUGGCGAGCGAGUGGGCCGGGCACGGACCGGUGGGGUCCUCUAACCAGUUGCUUGAUUGGGGUUCGCUAUGACAUGGAAUGCAUCGGAAGUGACUCUGGGUUUGGCGAGGCACUUCUCGGCGAAGGCCUCAGCGUCAGCAUGCACCUGACCCAGUUGCUCAGCAAGGUCUGCUUCGGCAUUGGGCCUUUGCCGUGGAGGUCAGGGGUUCACUUGCUGGGGCACUGUUCCCAGAGGCGGUUUCCCUCGACAUGCUCACGCGUACACUGGUCCCCGUACGGGCAGCCCACCAAGUUGUACUUACUCAAGAUUCAAGACCCGCAGUUUCUGGAAAGGUCAGAUAGGUUCGGCGGAAGGCGCAAUUGGUGGGAUCCUAUUUUGCACUUAUACAGUCGUUGUCGCAUAAAGAUGAAGCCUGCGCAAUACCGCCUGCAGUGUGUUGCGAAGGAACUUUGUGGAAUCGCAUUCAAGGUUGCGAGCGAAUAUUUCGCUGGCACCGCGUUGCUUUUUUCCACCGCACAAUCAGUUGUGACAGUUGAAGAAGAUGGAUUUCCCAAAAAGUUUGUGGUUACCUUGGAGAUUAAAAACAUUGGCAGUCUUUCUCAAGCCGAUGCCUAUGCAGAGGCAACUGGCAUCAGAGUGUUCGACCCUCCAGGGAUCAGCCUCAAGCACAUUGUCGACCUGGCGAAUCCGCUUGCGCAAAUCUAG